UGUAUUAGUUUCACUUUCUCUGUUACAAAAGAUUACGGCUAAAGGAUGACGAAAACUUCAGGAGAUGAGAGAAUUGGUAGAGCAGCAAUCGGAAUUGUUCCUGAGGAGCUCACUGAGGAGAACUAUGAGGAAUGGAAAAGAUGCUUGGAACAUUAUUUGGUUGGUCAUGGCCUUUGGGGUGUUGUUUCUGGAGAGGAGCAAGAUCCUAUAAACGAUGAGAGACAAGAAUAUGGAGAAGAAAAGAAACAAGAACAUGAGGAAUGGAAGAAGAAGAAUGCAUUGGCCUUGCAUGCCAUCCAACUUUCGUGUGGACCAGGCACAUUUGUUAAACUUAAGGAAGCUCACACUUCUGCCGAAGUUGCAUGGAAGCAUUUGGUAGAAAAACUGAAGCCCCACAGAAUAUGGGCGGAAGAUGAAAGCAGCCGUGUUGAAGAAGAAGGUAACUCUCGAUCAUGUUGCUAUGAAAUGUUUACGGUUUCACAUAUAAUUUUAGAAGUCAAUUCGAUAAGUAUUUUGAAGGACACUAUGGUUCAUUCGAUCAGUAUUUUGAAUCAUGUGGUAUCAGGAGCAAAGUUAUGAUUCAGCAAUUGCAGGUUUUCUUUAUGUUUUU